UCUGGCCGCUCGCCCGGGCCGCGCGCCGGGUGCGACUGCCCGGGCCAGAUAGCGCCUCGGGGCGAGCCGGGGCGGCCUUAUCUCGCCUGCCCGCCUCGCCCGUUCGGCGGUCUGAGGGGGCGCGGGGUGGCGAGGCCGCCCGGGAGCCGGGACGGCGGGGGGUGGCACGCGGCAGACGGCGCUGGGCAUCGCUGCCCUCGCCCCACCUGUCGCCUUUGGGCCCGGCGGGAAGCGGAGGGAAGGGCUUCCCGGGCGGGCGGCGGUCAGACCUCGAGGAGGCGGGCCCCAUUGUGAAGCUGCCAAACUCUCUCUAGUGGUGGAAUCUGCGUGUCUCUGCCAGAGGGGAGAUGGGGAGCGCGGCAGGGACGAGGGCCGCCGGCCCGGCCCCUUGCAGGUGUUCCGCAUCCUCAGGGUCUCGGUGCUGCUCCAGCCGCGCCGGUUGGCCCCCGGUAUCUGGAGUAGAGCAGAAAAAUUAUUAUGCCUGUGUUCCCUUGGGACUCACUGGAAAUUGUACAGUGACAUCUUCUGGGAUUUAGGCUGGAGUGUGUAGACGGGUGCCUAAAAUGGAAGUCGAUGUUAAUGGUGAGUCCAGAAGUGCCCUGACCACCCUGCCCUUGCCAGUCGCAGAGGCCAGCUCCCCGGGCAAGGCAGAGGCGGAGAAGCCUCGCUGCUCCAGCACGCCAUGCUCGCCCAUGCGCCGGACUGUGUCAGGCUACCAGAUCCUCCACAUGGACUCGAACUAUUUGGUCGGCUUCACGACUGGUGAGGAGCUCCUGAAGUUAGCCCAGAAGUGCACAGGAGCUGAGGAGAGCAAGGGAGAAGCCGUGCCUUCCCUGCGCUCCAAACAGCUGGAUGUGGGACUUGCUCGUUCCUCUCGUUUGUACAAAACCAGAAGUAGGUACUACCAGCCCUACGAGAUUCCAGCUGUCAAUGGCAGGAGGCGGAGGCGGAUGCCCAGCUCAGGAGACAAGUGCACUAAAUCUUUACCGUAUGAACCUUAUAAAGCCCUCCAUGGGCCUCUGCCUCUUUGUCUUCUUAAAGGUAAGAGGGCUCACUCCAAAUCUCUGGACUACCUCAAUCUAGAUAAAAUGAACAUCAAGGAGCCAGCUGACACGGAAGUGCUACAGUACCAGCUUCAACACCUAACCCUCAGAGGGGACCGUGUGUUUGCUAGGAAUAAUACAUGAGGGACUUGUAAGAGAGGGUAAACCAGUUUAGGUCAGCCUAUACUUGGCUAGAAAAUUCCACUGUUGUACUCUGUACAGGACUCUUUACAUUAUAGAUGGUUAAAUCAGCUAAGUGUUCCUGGAACAUACAAAUUGUCUGGAUCAAAAUUUGAAUACAGGAAUGGAAUCACAGGUACUUGAGGGGAGAUCAUUCUAGAGUACGCAACUGCAAGGAAAAGAGAAGGUUGACCAUUAGUUUGUAUAGCUUUUUAGCUAGGGGGAAAAGAAAGGCUUUGGUACAGUAAUAUCAUAUUUAAAAUUCUGAUAAAUUGGAAAUGUUAUCUGCUUGGUUGUUGCUGACUUGGUAUGAUUCAUUAGAAAUUUAUAUCUUAAGUACUCAAGUACUUCUUUAAUCUCUGUAUUUUACUAUAAAAUGUAUGUAAUGAUUUGUUUUAUGAAAUUUAGAACUUGAACAUUGCUAAAUUGGACCACUUUUUAUUUUUAAAUAUUGAGUUUAAAUAUUUUAUAACUGGUUUUGCACUGAAAAAAUUAACAUUUCAGAUUGACAAGAGAAUAAUCUUUCUUCACUUGCCUCAGUAAUAUUAUUGAGCAAUGAAUUUUUUAUUUCCGCAUGGAAAGUUAUUGAUCUCUAUGGCUGUAAAAUAUUUCUUUAUAGCGUUAUUAAAGUGUGUCUUAAUAAAAUUAAAUUUGGGAUACAAAGUAUUUAUUUUACAACGGGUGGGGGGAAGCUUUACUGGAAAGUUUCCAAUAUGAAGUUUUCAUAAGUUGAAAAAGUUUCUUUAGUGCUUAUUUUCUAAUUUAAAAUUCAUCUGGAACUUUAAAAUGGAAAGGAUUCUUUAAAUUGUGGAUUAUAGGCAAAUACUGUUUGCAUCUGAAUGUUCUGUAAGUGAAUGGAACUCUAAUAGAGAAACUCAUGAUUUCUACUAUCAAAUGCUUAAACUAAGUAUGAAGUGAUACCAUUCAGCAUGUCAUCAGAUCAUUCCAGUUUUAGUUCUGUGCAGCACAGGCACUCGUUGAAAUUCUAGUUUCUAGGAUUAGUGCAGGAGCCUAAAGUGCUUCUACAGUUUUAAUGGGUUAAUCCUGGAUUACUUAACAAUUUAUGUCAAUUGCACUGGUUUAAUUUGUUGCUAAAGAAAUAAUGCCCUGGCUUUAGUAACAAAUACAGCUCAACUAUUCUUGAAUAUAUUUUGAAAAAAACAUGUAUGUAACUUACCUUUUGUAAAAGUUUCUAUUGAUAUUUCUUUUUUUCUUUUUUGACUCUUGAAGGUGCAAUUUAUUACUGAAUUGGCAUUUCUGGCAGCAUAGACCUGCUUAUUUUAAAUUUUAUUUCGGGGCUGUCAGUUUCUAAGGUGUUAGCAAUCUUGCUUAUAAAAUAAGAACACCUUUUAAUUAAAUGAGUGGGUCAUUCCUGGUGCAGUUGUGACUUUUCUUUAACCAGAAUGAAUGACAAGACUCUAUAUAGGGCAGAAUAAGUAUUAGAAAACCCUAGGAACUCUUAAUCAACAUUUAGUAAACUUCCACUAAGGCAGAUUAUGUGAAAGAACCUUGGGGAAGUUGGCCCAUAUCUUACAGAGUUGUUCAGAUUUCUUGGUGGGCUGGAAAUUUUCAGCUGUUGUACAUUUUAAAGUAAAUUGCACCUUUGUAACAUAUUGUAUCAACGGAUGAUCACUAAGAUUAACUAUAUCUAUACAGUCAUUAGUUUGACAAGAAAUAGAAUCCUGUCAGAUGCCAAAGAGUUGGGAUUUUUACGUUUAAUGAUUAAACACCAUUAUUUAUUGAUGAUUUACCCUGUGGAACUGUAUUAUUUCUAACUAUGAAAUAAAAGGGUGAUGUAAACACACAUUGUGGUGGUGUGCUUUAACGAAGUCCACUUUGAUCAAUAAGCCAGUUUAUUUUUCAAGGAUUCGCUGAAGCACAUAUUUUUAGAUUCCAUUUUUGUUAAAGAAAAUAUAAUAAUUUUGCCUUUGGUGCUCAUUCACAUUUCAAGGUAAAGGAUGUUUUCAUGGCAAUGAUGUAUGUUCAGUCAUACUGCUGUGCGACUGAGGUCUGUCUCUGUCCAUGCACCUACAUAAUUAUUUAAGCUAAAUAAAAAUAUAUAGCAGUU